GUCACGCUCUCUCACUGAUUGCCACGGCCCGACCGCCAGCCUUCAUCACCACCAUCGCCAGAGAGGUGCACAGACACACAGCGAUGCAGUCUCAGGGCUCUCAGUCUCAGCAGAACAUACACACCACCACUCUCGCGCGCGCAAAGACCGAGAUCCUGAGAGUCAUCGAGAUCCUCAUCGAGAAGAUGCCGUCUGACGUGGUGGAUCUGCUGGUGGAGGUGAUGGACAUCAUCAUGUACUGUAUUGAAGGCUCUCUGGUCAAGAAGAAAGGCCUGUCUGAGUGUUUUCCAGCAAUCUGCAGGUUUUAUAUGGUGGCGUAUUGCGAGCGCAGUUACCGCAUCGCUGUGGGCGCUCGUCAGGGGUCAGUGGCUCUGUAUGACGUGCGCACGGGGAAGUGUCAGCAUAUUCAUGGACAUAAAGGACCCAUAACGGCAGUUUCUUUCGCACCGGAUGGACGUUACCUGGCCACAUACUCCAAUGCAGACAGCCACAUCUCCUUCUGGCAGAUGAACACGUCUCUGUUAGGCAGCAUUGGGAUGUUGAAUUCGGCUCCUCAGCUGCGCUGCAUUAAAACCUAUCAGGUCCCUCCGGUUCAGCCGGCGUCGCCCGGAUCCCAGAACGCCCUCAAACUGGCCCGGCUCAUCUGGACCUCCAACCGAAACGUCAUCCUGAUGGCCCACGACGGAAAAGAGCAUCGCUUCAUGGUGUAAAAGAAGCCUGAAAACCGCGUUUACACUCGUCUCAUUCCUUACUUUACUUCAGCAAUUUGCAAACGUGUUUGUUUAUUUGAUGAUUAUUUAUGAUGAUAAAGGACUGCAGGUCACUA